UCUCUACAGGGCACACAAUGGCUGUGAGAGUUACGCCAUCGAGCGUUUGCGUCAUCGGGCUGCUGGUCCUGAUGCUGCUGACGUCACACUGCGAUGCCUACAGCUUCCGGGAGAAGAGCUUUCGGAUGUCUCCCUACUACCGACAGUACGGCGGCUCCUUCAGAAGGAUCCGGGCCGACCAGCAGGCAGCUGCGUUCUCCGAGACAGGAAAUGGAAAUAGUGAAGACGCCAUCGAUGGCGGGCUCGACGACGAAGGCGGAAUCUACCUGUCCGACCUGGCAGCCGCUGAAGAGGGCCUCCCCGCGGCGGAGAAGCGAUCCGCGAUGCUGCAGCAGCUCGCCCAGCAGCUCAAGAACUCCCGGCCGCGCGAGAAGGCCGGCUUCGCCUUCAGGUUCGGGAAGAGGGAAUCGCGUAGCGUUUCGUGAGGUUGAAGAAAAAGCGACCACCGCCGCACGAAAUGGUAUCUUUGUAGUCCCUUAAAGCACUGUGCGUAAAGGUAUGACUGGUUUAUUGCACUUCCAAAAGGUACAGUAUCGCAGAAGCCCUUUACAGGGGGACUCACUGGAAUUGCACUGAUCUUUCACAAAAGUACAGCUACACAAACCACAUAGUCACUUAACACUUAAAAUACAACAUGUCAUGUUAGAUUACACGUUAGGUACACGUGGGCGAAGAAAUGGAGACUUUACGCAUGUUUUAAGCUGUGCUGAAAAAAUGGAUUUUGUGCAGUGGACUGUUCUUCUAUGAGUAUCAGAA